AAGAAGAGGAUCUUUCAUGUGAUUUAGAUAUCGAUGAUGAGGAAGAUACCGAAAUUACCAUAGGUUCUGCCGUGGUUGAUGAAAAAGAAAUAGCUGCCGAAGCAAUUGGUGAAAUAUUUGAAAAUACGCGAUCUCAUUUUCUUCCAUAUGUAGAAUCGACUCUCCAAGAGUUGAUAAAACUUUCGAAUCAUCAUUCGGAGACUGUAAGAAAAGUGGUAGUUGGAUCUUUAUUUAGCUUUUUAGCUACAUUUUAUAGUAUGUCAAAUCCGACUAAAUGGGAGCCUGGCUUGCCUGUGAAAGUCCCUAUCCAUGAAAAUGUGUAUAAUAUGGCCAAAGCCGUCUUAUCAACGAUUUUAACCAUGUGGGAGGACGAAGAAAGCAAAAUUGUAGUAAUCCAAAUUUGUGCUGAACUCGCUGAUACUAUCAAAAUCUGUGGACCUGCUAUAAUUGCUGACUAUCUUGUUGCAGCAAUGGCUUUAGUCCUUGGAUACGAUUUUGUUCCCUAUUUCAAGGAGUAUAUUCAUCAUAUUGCCAAAUAUUACAAAAAAACAAAACCAGUUUCUGAGAGAUCUAUGGCAAUUGGAUGUCUUGGAGAAACCACAAUUGGUUUAAAAGACGGGGUCUCAGAAUUUACUGAUCAACUUUUGCCCUUGUAUCUAAAAGCUUUGGCUGAUGAAGAUGAAGAGGUUCGAAGCAACGCUGCAUUCGCAGUUGGGCUUCUUUGUCAGCAUACACGUUUGGACAUUAGUAGCCAAUAUGGAGAUAUACUUUCUAGGCUGCAUCCUCUAUUUACAGGACAGUCAUUAUUAAAUGUUACUGAUAAUGCGUGUGGAGCAGUAUGUAGGAUGAUUAUGGCUUGUCCUCAGGCGAUUCCAAUGGAUCAG